CGGGAAAAUACCAUAAGGUGUGGCACAGCACAGCUGCAUUGAAUUUUUCAGUGCUUGCGUGAUGGGAAAGCAGGCUGGCCGUGUCGGUGCGGAGCAACCAGAUACGCUGCUCGAGUGUGGAAGCCUGGAUGUGCUUCUGCGAUUGAUGGAUGGUGUAUGGUCCACCGUAGCCCGGUGGGGCCGUGUCAAUGGCUGUAAUCUGGCCAUGAGAACCGUUGAUCAAUGCAAGAACUAGGCUCGAUUCGCCUUGCCCAUAUCGGAUAUCGAGCACUUUAAAACCCUGCUCCGUGUUCUAGGUUCAAGUCAGCGCAGCCUCUGCUGGAAAUUUGGCUCAACAAUGGAAGUCCGUGCUUUCUCAUACUCCAAGACUCAAUUUGCCAGAGUAAUGUCAUACAUCCGGUCUGGCGCCAGGGAAGGGGGUCGUCUUGUGCUGGGCGGAACGCCAUUGAAUGAAGCCGCCCCGGGAUGGUUCUUCAUACUUCCGACAGUCUUUGCCGAUGUGACAGAUAAUAUGAUCAUCUUCCGGGAGAAAAUCUUCGGCCCUGUGGUUGUCAUUCCAACAUUCGAGACGGCAGAGCAGGCCAUCAGAAAGGUCAACAACUCAGUGUAUGGUCUGAGUGCUCGAUAUUCAUACAGAACAUUGAACGAGCCUAUCGACUGGCCCGGAAAAUGGAAAGCGGGAUGGGAUGGAUCAAUAGCAGUGAUGAUAGUGACUCGUGCACUCCGUUCGGAGGAAUCAAGCGGAGUGGGAUCGGGCGGAAGCUCGGGGAAGCAGGACUGGCGGCCUACUGCAGUAUCGAUUCAUGUCAACUUGGGUGCGAAACUGUCGUGAGGUUCUUAAUGUGG